UUCAAAAACAGUGCAGGGUUUAUUUAAAAAAAUUAAAAUACAACGAAACACAACCAUGGUGUCGAGCAACCCCGAAGACAUAGCAAUAAACCAAGAAAACACAAUAACCGUAUGAAAGCGAAAAUAAGAACAGACAUACAUGAUGAACAUGCGUCUGUAAUAGAAAGAGUGAAAACCGCAAAAACGGAUAUUUCAAAUUCCAAAUCAAAAGAUGCAAACCAAUAUAUAUGUACAUACCUACCUAUAUGUAUAUAUAUAAAAAAUAGACUUAAUUAAAAAUCAAUAGACCAACAAUUAUGAAAAGAUGAUAUAAAAUCAUUAAACAAAUUGCCAACAACAAAAACACACACUCACUGCGGAAGUCCACCACAAAAAGAAUAAAUAUUAAAAGCGUGAAAAAAUAAGCGCGAACGAAUAAUAAAAAACAAAAUAUACAAAACCAAAACCAAAGAACAAGAACCAAUAUAUUAUAAACCUUUAAAAUACAUACAAACAUAGAACCAUAUUUAUAGUCUGUAAAUUUGUAUAUGUAUGUAUGUAUGCCCAGCGUUUAUCCAUCCACGUGCUGUGUGUUUUCAAUUAUCGAACUGUGUUAAUUUGUAAAUCGCUUAAAACUAAAUAAAAUUAAUGAAGACCGCAAAUUACAAAAUUUGUACGCAAUAAAAGGAGCAAAUACAAAUAAAAACAAAAACUUACAAAUACACUGGAAAAAAAUUGAAUGUAAUAAGGCAACAAAAUUAAGUUAAAAAUUUAACAAUUAUAAAAAUUUGGUGCACAUUUUUUCACAAUUCCCAAAAGGCCGACAAUAAUCAACAAACAGCUGUUUAAGGCCAAAUCAUAGCCGCGCAAAAUCAUUAAAAUCAUUAAAAUGGAUUGGAAAACUCUAUCGAGUAGUGAGAAAAGUCCCAAGCUAGAUCGUUGGAAGCCAUGUGCGGUGGUAGAACCAGAGCCGCCACCGCCUAUACCACCGCGUAUCUUUAUGCGUCAAUCGAGUUUUACAAAAAUUGGAAAUAUGCUAAAUACAGCCAUGAUGAAUGGCACUAAAAGAGCACCAAGUAAUGGAGAAGCUUCCUGGUGCUUCUCACAGAUAAAAGGCGCCUUAGACGAUGACGUCACCGACGCCGAUAUUAUAUCCUGUGUAGAAUUCAAUCAUGAUGGUGAAUUACUGGCAACAGGUGAUAAAGGUGGACGGGUUGUCAUCUUCCAGCGCGAUGCAAUGUCGAAAACGUCAAUACCUCGACGUGGUGAAUACAAUGUUUAUUCGACAUUUCAGUCGCACGAACCCGAGUUCGAUUAUCUAAAGUCAUUGGAAAUAGAAGAGAAAAUCAAUAAGAUCCGAUGGCUGCGACGAAAGAAUCCUGCGCACUUUUUACUCUCAACCAACGAUAAGACGGUUAAAUUGUGGAAGGUCAGUGAACGAGAUAAAUCGUUUGAGGGUUAUAAUACAAAGGAGGAGAGCGGUCUGGCGAAGGAUCCGCAAAAUAUAACUGGCUUAAAAGUUCCUUCAGUUAAGCAAAUUCCCCUUAUGGUAGAAGCGUCACCGCGCCGCAAUUACGCCAAUGCACACACCUAUCACAUCAAUUCAAUUAGCGUUAAUUCUGACCAAGAGACUUAUCUGUCCGCCGACGAUUUACGAAUCAAUCUGUGGCAUCUUGAAGUGACCGAUCAAAGUUUUAAUAUAGUCGAUAUUAAGCCAGCCAAUAUGGAGGAGCUGACGGAGGUUAUAACCGCCGCUGAAUUCCAUCCAACCGAGUGCAAUGUAUUCGUGUACUCAAGUUCCAAGGGCACAAUACGAUUAUGUGAUAUGCGUUCGGCUGCGCUGUGUGAUCGACAUAGUAAACAAUUUGAGGAGCCGGAGAAUCCAACGAACCGCAGCUUCUUUAGUGAAAUUAUAAGCUCGAUAAGCGACGUUAAGCUAAGCAACUCGGGUCGUUAUAUGAUCUCUAGAGACUAUUUAAGUAUUAAAGUGUGGGAUUUACACAUGGAAACGAAACCAAUUGAAACUUAUCCGGUUCAUGAAUACUUACGCAUUAAACUCUGCUCACUAUAUGAGAACGAUUGUAUUUUCGAUAAAUUUGAAUGUUGUUGGAAUGGUAAAGAUUCUUCCAUAAUGACGGGCAGCUAUAAUAAUUUCUUUAGAGUGUUUGAUCGUAAUUCGAAAAAAGAUGUCACAUUGGAGGCAUCACGCGACAUAAUCAAACCAAAAACGGUACUCAAACCGCGUAAAGUUUGCACCGGUGGAAAACGAAAAAAAGACGAGAUUAGUGUCGAUUGCCUCGACUUUAAUAAGAAGAUACUACAUACUGCUUGGCAUCCGCAAGAGAAUAUAAUCGCUGUGGCGGCAACAAAUAAUCUGUUUAUAUUUCAGGAUAAGUUUUAGCUAAAACUCUCUCAUCUCCCUCAAUUCUACUUCAUCAUCAUUAUGGCGUCGUUAAGAAUAAUUAUUAUGUUUAAUUCUAAAUUUUAUACUUAUCGCUGCUGCAAUUACUAUUAUCACACAUUACUACUAUUACUUGCUAUCAGUACUGUGUAAUCAGAGUAAACAAUUAAAAAAUAAAUAAAUAAACAAAUAUGCCAUUGUUGUAAGGUGACGGUCAAAAAAAAAACAUUUCACACAAGAGACGAGAUCGAAAACGACGAAAGGCGAGCGAAGCGCGUAGGUGUAGACGAAGUCCCAACUCAUUACAUUCAUACGCACAUAUUAAACUUCAUACAAACAUACAUUUAUAUAACUCACUAUUAGAGCUAAUAAUUAACGAAACCAAAACUCUAUUGGCAUUGUUGAUUAGCACUAUAGCAUUAACAAGUUGUAAGUCUUAGGAACAACAACACCAAUAACAACACCACCACAAAAGCGUCAACAUUCUAGGUUUGCCAUCAAAUUUGCAUAUGCGACAUUUUUUGCAACGCUUCUAGCAUGAGCAGUGGAGCAAAAUGUAUGUAAAUGAUAGAGAGAGGUAGCGAAAGUGCAAAAAGAUAAAAAAUAAAAAAAAUAAAAAUAAAAACAAACAUACACAACUGAAUGGCACUGCUGGCUGUGCCUGUAAAGAAUUCGUCUGUUGUUGCGCACAAUACAAAAACAUAAAACAACAAAAAUAAACGCCUUAAACCAAAACUUUGUACAGUACUCUGAUUCCAAUUCUGUUAAAUUUCAUAUAAUAAAACAUAAAACAAAACAAAAAAUAAAACAAUGUUGCCUCUGCUAAAUAGUUUCAGUUACUUUUAAAGAAGAGUGUGUCUUUUAUACAACAUUUAUGAUGCGAAAUCAGUAAGAAUAACAAUUAUUUAUGCAAUAAUAUGUUUGCUUAAUUUGUAAUAAAUACGGAAAUUGUUAAUAAUGAAUAUUUUUUAUUUAUUCUUUUCGUUAAAACGAAUAUGAAAUAAGAUGGAAAACACAUUAAAAUUACAACAUAAAAAGCCUGAAAUUAAAAUUUCAAUUACAGCAUACUAGAUAACUAGAUAUUAAAGCGAUACAAUAGAGCAAGAGAGAUAUUAAAAGAACGAUACAUUUAAUUAAAUUUAUAACAAUAUCAAUAUGCUUUAGUAUGAAGCGUUAUGUAUGUAUUAGAAAUAAUAAAAACAAAGACAAAAUCCUUAUAAAAGUUGAUUGAAUUAUUUAUGAAAGCAUAUGACGGUCAAUUCAUAGCGCCAUAGAUGGAAUACGAAUGUAUUGCAUUGCUUGUUUGCAUAUCAAAAAUCAAAAAUAACCACGCGAACAAACGAAAUUUUUGGUGCACAAAUAAUAAUCGAAUGCAAUAACUUAAUUCCAUAAAUCGGCCUCUUAUUAUAUGCUUAGGUUAUAUUUAAUUAAGUUCAAAAAAAAAAGUCUUAGUUUACAAGCGUAAACUUUUUCGGUUUAUUUCCCCCCAAAAUAUAUGUUAUACACAUUUAAAAUUUAUUUACCGAGCAACACAAAAAAAAUGUAGUGUACAAAUAUGUUUGUUGGUGUUGCUGAAAGUGCGUGCGAUUUCAACCAAGAGAAUUGAGCAAAAAAAUCGGUCAUAUUGAAGCAAAAUAUCAAAUAAAAAAUAGCAUGCAUAUUAAACAAUGUAAUAAACAUAUUUCCCACACAGCCAACUGUUAUUUGAAAUUCCUUAUUUUCUGUUAAGCAAAACGCAAAACAUAUGGAAAUUAAAUGCGUAAGGCACUAAAAUCAUGAUUAGACUUUAUGUUACACAUUUAUUUUGUACUUAUUGCGAUAUAUAUAUGCAAAAGCUUUUUUGUUGAUUUGAAAACGAAGCAGACGCAAUAAUUUUCAGUAUAUGCAGCGAAACUUUUUACAGUAAACAAAUAUUUUGUUCUACUAGAACACUAAAUGUAAACCAAAUAUUUUGUCCUACUUUCUCCUCUGUCGUUUUUGUAUUUCUUUUGUUUAUAUACAUACACAUUUAUUCAGUAAUCACAUUAUAUAUUUUAAGUUAAAAUAUGUAAAAAGAAAGAAAGUUUUUUAUGGUAAUAUAUUGUAUGUAUGUAUAUGCAACUGCUCGAUUCUUUUCUAGCGCUAAGACAUGUGUAAUAUCUGUGCUCCUAAUAUAUUGGUAAAUAAAUUUAUGUACAUAUGUACGUAUUGUUAUAAUUAGCUUAAUCUACUAGUUAUGCUGCUGCCAACUUGUAUUUCUGUAAACAUUUUCAUUCCAAAAUAAUUUGCCAAAGGAAUACAAAACAAUGUAAACAGCUACCACAAUAAAUUCUUUUCUUCGCAGUGAGUGAUAUUGGUACUCAAUUAAUAUAAGAGAGAAUAAAUGAAAGACGUGUUAGCUAUAGAAAUAAAAUACGACUACUGUCACUUAUAAAAUUUUUAUUUUUCCAACCGGUGUAGAAGGGUGAGGCACUCAGUUAACACAUAACAGUAAAAACAUUUUUAAAUAAUCAUUAUUUUAAUGCCCGUGAACAAAGAAAUAUUUUGUUAAUUGAAAUAGUAGUAAAAUAAAAAAAAUAUUUCACAUGAAAAGUGCGAUCACACAGCUGAUAAUGAGGCAGUGCGUACCAUUUUUAAAUAAAUUACAUACAAUGAUCAUAACGAUAAUGCUCUUGAAAAAAAAAAUUAACUAAAAAAAAAAAACAUAUAAAAAAUAAAUUUAAAAAUAGCAAACGAAAUAAUGCUUAAAGAAAUAAAUUUAUUUUGUUAAAUAAACCCCAAUGUAUUAAUGCAUGCAUACAUAAAACAGUUAUAAUAUUCACAUAACGAACGAAAAAUGAAUUGAUAACGCAUAAAAAAGGGAGAAAAAAAUAUUUAUCGAUGUAUGUAUGCAUGUAUAUAUGUAUACAUACAUACAUAUUAUAAUAAAUGAUAUGACAUUAUAUGCCAUUAUUAGUAAUUUAAGUUGUAUGAAAGCGAAUAUAUGUGGAUAAGCUAUAUUGAAACACUUUAAUAAGUUUAAUUUUUGUUUAUUACUUUAAUAUAAUAUUUCAUGUAAAUGCAUAUUUCAAUACAUAUGUACAUAUGUAAGUUUCUGCGAACGGCAAAAGUAACUGAGUGUAUCUAUGUAUGUAUGCAUGAAAUGCAUAUUACUAAUUAUUAUCAAAUUUAAUUAUCGCCACAUGUAGACCGUAAAAAAAUAAAAAUGAUCAGCAAACAAUCUACUAUAAUAAUAAAGCAAUUCAAUCAAUGCAAGCAAUCAAAUGAGAAUGGAAUGAGCUUUUUUGAAAAGAGAAAAUAAAUAUUCAUUUGUUUACUUCAAAGAAAAUAAAAAAAAAAUUCGAACUUUCUUGACAGUCUACUUUUAGCGAAUUAUUUCACCUAUUUUUGUUUUCAUUUUUGCAAGCGCCUAAUGAAUAAGUUUUCUAUUUCUGUUUGUCAGCCCCUAAAAAUAUGCAAACACUUUUCCAAAACAUUGUUUUAAAUGUUCAAAAAUUAAUUGAAAUUUCCAACUUUCUAAGAGCAAAUAAUUGGUAAAUCUUUUUUUUAAUAUUUUUUUUUUAUUUAUAAUCAAUACAAACAUACAUUCAUUAAAUUUGUUAAAUUUUUUUUAAUAUAUAUUUUCUCAGCAACCACAUACGCGAUAUAUACAUAUAUAUAUAUAUAUAUUAUAUAAUAUAUUUAGUUUAUGCAUUAUAAUAAAUAUAAGAUUACAUAUAUAGGCAUACAUAUGUAUUUAUACAUGUUAUGUACUAAUGCAACUAUGUCAUAAUUAGAUACGUACACAUAUAUAUUAAAUAAUUUACUAGGCAGUGCUUCUGAAUUCAUACGGUAUGUGUAUGUAUGUACAUAUGUACAUAAGUAAAACGUUAACGAAAUAAUACAGCGUGUUAUACAUUUAUACAAAGCAAACUAACCAGAGAAUAACAGAAAAAUAUUAUAAUUUAAUAGUUAAACAAAUAAAACAUCAGCUUUUAAAUUGACGAAAUAAAAAAACAUUGGUAUGGGUAAAUUGGCGCUAAUAAUAAAAAAAUAUGUGGCAAAGAAGUAGCCUGCAUUAUGAUUAAGUAAACCAGUAAUAAUUAUAGUUAAAAAUAAAAAAAAAUACAUUUACGCAUGUAACAUAAUUCAUAAAAUGUUGCAAAUGCUGCAAAUCAGAAUAAAGUGCGAAUAUUGUUAACAUAAAUUUUUAUUUAAACGAAUCAGCCAUUAAUUCAUCAUAUACUUCUUCAAAGUAGUCUCAAAUGUGACAUGUUGUUACCUAUGCAUGUGGCUCUUAUGAUGAUUUUCAAUAAUAAUUUUUUCAACAGUAAUUUAAAUUCAACUUCAAAUCAUUUUUAAUUAAAAAUAUAUUGUCGGUUAUCUUUACAGGUUUUAUUUAAGUCUCCGAUUACAAAUUCUUUGGCAAGUGUACUUUGUUUAAUUAAUUUAAAUUAGUUCCAGAUUGAAAAAUAGAGUACAGAACUUAAAAUACAAAAAAAAACCACGACUACGUAGAUUUAAAAAACAGCUAGCUUUAGUUUGAUAAUUGCGAAAUGCUGGCAAUAUGCAAAAAGAGAUAUCAAAGAAGUAAAUGCAUUAGAGAAAUAUGCGUGAGAUGUGGAAUAUGCA